CGCGGAGCUUGGUUGUGUCGGAUCCUACACGCCCGCGCCUUGCUGAGUUAACUUUGUAUGUGUUGUAAGACAGUCAGUGGCACACGUUCAUCCUCACUCCUCUCUGGCAACUGUGUGUGAUAGCCGCCUGACAAAUUUAUAUUACCCCGUUGGUGGUGUGUUAAAAGUGAUGAGUGUAGACUAAUGAACAAACCAUAACAAUGGGCAGAUGACCCAAUGUGGCUUUAGGAAAUAAAUUUUCUGGGAGUGCUGUUAUAGUCAAGAGGACAAUAGUGUGUAGUAAACUCACACUUGAAGAAAAGACAGACUUUGAACUAUGGGUGCGUGAGGUGUGACAAGUGACUCGAGGCCGGGGUGCCAGAAGAUGAUGCCCAGCUGAGUGUGUGUGGGUUAGUAGUGAUCAGCAGCAGUGUGGUGGACAUGGUGGUAACCACAGUGGUGCUGAUGCUGCACUGUAGGGUCACUGCCGCCCUCACCGUGGGUGUGGGCGGCCUCACGUGGCUCAUCUGGGGUGCACUUCAAUGUGCCCUCGCGCCCGCCCAUGCCUUCGUUCUCCUCUCAUCCUACCCAGUUUUUUCAUCAAUUCCAGCUUACACACGGCAGUUUGAGUUUGGGACCCUGUAUAUGUAUGGGUAUGAGACAUCAGUGCUGCUGAAUGAGCCCCAGCCACUGCCUGUCUCCACCACCAAGGAUGUGGGCUUCAGGGUGGAACUAACGGCAGAGUUGACGCCAGUGUGGCAGCACCCUACUAAUGCUCAUGAACAAGUUCUGCAACUCACUGUGGUAACCCCUAAGCUUUCAGUUAAGGCUCGACAAGGACCAUCCCCUGAGGGCUUUGCUCAUAAGACAUCAAAAGUGGAGAAAUACUCUCUACAUCCCCUCUUCAUGCACUGGGACAAUGGCCAGAUUAAGAAAGUCUAUCAUAUUGAUGGAAGUGAAUCAUCUGUACUCAAUUUUAUGAAGGGCAUAUCUAGUUUGUUUCAGCAUCAAGUGAAAAAUGUAAAGCAGGUGGAAGUAGAUGCAUCUGGAAAGUGUGAGGUGACUUACAAGUUGAUUGACUCUACGCACGUAACAAAGUUGAAGAAGAACUGCAAAAAUGUUGUUCCAGUCGAAUAUUUCAACCAGACAAACAAGGUUUUGGGGGCACAAGUUGACAGUCAGGUGACCACUUCUUAUGUUCUGACCAAUGAUGAAAAAAUUAUUCGUAAAGCCACAUCAAUGGAGACACACUUCCUGAGGGUGGAGGCGCGUAAACAGUCGGGAGCUGAAGUAAUGAGCAAACAGGUCCUGCAGCUUAAGGGUCGUGAAAAAGUUAAUACUCUGAAGUACACGGGGAAAAAUGUUGCAGAGGUUGUCAAGUCUAUUUCCUCCAAGCUUAAAAAGGCCCUCAUCACUGACCAAUUGGCAACCAACCCUGACUCAAAAGAAUGCAUUGCAUGCAAAUCACUGAAGGAACUUGUCAACAAUUUCCGCAAUACUCUGAGCUCCAAGAAUUUGGGGUCCAAGGGCUCGGCUAUUGCUUUCCUUCGUUUGUUAAAGAAAGUGAGAGAAAGUGACCAAGAAACUAUCCAGGCUGUGUUGAAGGAUAAGAAAAAUUUCCCAAUAUUGGCACAGUUACUGGACAUUGCUGCAGCUGCCCAGACUGAGCCAGCACACAAAGCAGCCAAAUCCGUGCUCAAAUUCAAUGGUCCAACUGGUUUACCUGAACGAUACCUCCUGAGUCUCUCUCUGACGACUCAUCCUCCAGAAUUUAUCAUUAAUGAUAUAAUGAAGCUUGUUAAAAAAGGCCACAAAAAUGACAAGAUGUUAGAGACACUGGUCCUUACUAUAAGCUCAUUGACUCACACCUUCUGCAAACUUCCCAGCAACUGUAAACAACCAAUUGUUUCAGAAGUGAGAAACUUCCUAGCUGAGAAUCUGAGAAGCUGUGAAAAUGAGCCAUGUCAGUUGAUGUACAUCCGUGGGUUGAAGAAUUUACGCAUGGCGGACACGAUGGAUGUAUUGCUUGAAUUUGCUGAAGGUGUUGCUCGCAAGCCAGCUAUCUAUGCUGCCCGUGCUCUACAAACAAUGCCUGAUAGUUAUAUAACCAAAGAGAUGUGUAAGAGACUGGAGAGAAUCUUCCUGGAGCUGCAUCACCAGCAUGACUCAAGCGUCAGAGCCAUGGCAGCAGACAUUGUUCUACGACACAAGCCCAGUGAGGAGUUUAUACGGUUGAUACUGAGGUUGAUGGCCUUACAAGACACCAAAGAAUUAAAUACUUUACUGCUGGGUAGAUUACGUGAUUUAGCCACCACCGAUAAAUACAUACAGCAGAUGCUGAAGAAACUGUUUCAAGAUCCAAAAUAUAAUAAUUAUCACAUACUGGGUCAAGGUGGCCUCUCGUCGUCUUUCUCCCGGCUUCUCUACCAAGACAAAAGUGCCAACUCUUCCUUCAACAACAUGCUGGAGAUUAAUGGAGGACUUCUCAAGAGAUCUACAGUUGAUGUUUUUGUAGAGAGCCAAGAUGCUCAAAUGAGAUUACUUUCUUUUGGCAUCUUUGCUGGUGGUCUUGCUGUGUUUGGUGGUGAAGGUGCUGUGGAUGAUGGAGAAGAUGCCAAUGCUGGUAUUGAGAUCACCCUCAUGGAUACCCAGCUGCGGCCAUUUGUCUUCUUCACUGGACAGGGUGAACUGAUGGGUCACGUGUGGUCCGGCACCGGCUCGGAGAGAACGACAGCUCUUCAGGGCUCACUACUCCUUCAAGACCACAUGCAGGUUGUGCCACUGCAGAAUGGAUUUAAUGCUGAACUCAGUCUGAAUGGUGCCAUCUCAUACGACUUUGCUGGUCAGGUCCAAGUAUCUCUGUGGAAUCGAAAUGCUCACAGCCUUGUGGAAGUAGGAGCGGCCAUGGUAAUACAGGGAGUAGCACGAGUUGACACCUCAUUUGUGCAGACUUUGAUAGAGUUCAACACUGGAGCACAAACACAACUCAACUUUAUUACCGACCUUGAUUUUUAUGAUGAAGUCGUCAUGUGUCUCCAAAUGGUGCAACCCAACUUUGAGGUGGUGAACAAUGUUCGUAAGCUGGAACGAAUCCCUGGCAGUAAUUAUGUACUCAGGAAGUAUAAGAGGAAAUUAUCACCUGUACCAGGGAAAACUUUUGUGAUGAAUAAGAAAAACACAGAGCUCUGUAAUAAGAUGUUCAACAAAUAAGUUAUAACAAUUUGUAGCUAUGUUAGUUUUGUUAAUAAAUUAAAGAGAUUUUGAAUUAU